GAAGCGUGAACCGGAGACACUGAGUCAGCCUGCGCCUGAGGACCGGAAAGAGGAGUAUCGGUGAGAUGGGUGUGAGAUGGGGCCGCAUGCUGUGGAGCCACCGUUCUGUGCUGCUCUUCAUCCUGGGCCCUCUGCUGCUGCUUCCUCUUCCUCUGCUGCUGCCCACCAAGGAGGCAGAAUGCGCCUUUGUCCUGAUCCUCAUGGCGUCCUUCUGGGCCCUUGAGCCGCUGCCCCUGGGGAUCACCGCCAUGCUGCCCGCAAUUCUCUUCCCCUUCUUUGGGAUCAUGUCGUCAGCUGACGUGGCUAAGGAGUACUUUAAGGACUUCCAUUUCCUGCUGGUGGGGGUCAUCUGUCUGGCCACCUCCAUAGAGAAGUGGGGGCUCCAUCGGAGGAUCGCCCUGAAGCUCAUCACCCUGGUGGGGGUCAACCCUGCAUGGCUGAUGCUUGGCUUUAUGUGCGGCUGUGCAUUCCUCUCCAUGUGGGUCAACAACACCUCGGCCGUCACCAUGGUGAUGCCCAUCGUGGACGCGGUCAUCACUCAGGUGCUGAAGCCCGGGGACAAAGAGGGGGCAGAGCCAACCGGCAUUCACAACCCUGCCCUGGAGAUGGAUGAGAUGGACCAGAAGGAGCAGGAGGACCGCCGGGCUUGGGACCAGAAGGAGCAGGAGGACCGCCGUGCUGGAGGCGAGGAUCCAGAAGCACCUGCCUCUCCUGAGCAGCUUUCCACUGACAACCAGGUGGCUGACCCCUCCAGCCGACGGCAGCUGGACGUGUGCAGGGCACUGUGUCUCGGCAUCGCCUACUCCUCCAACAUCGGAGGCAUCACCACGCUCCCCGGCACCUCCCCCAACCUCAUCUUCUCCCAAUACAUCAGCGAGACCUACCCAGAAUCCAAAGAGAUAAACUUCGGCAACUGGCUCCUCCUCUGUCUGCCGAUCAGCGUCAUCAUGCUGCUGCUGUGCUGGCUGUGGCUGCACUGGCUUUUCAUUGGUUCAGAUUUCCGAUUCCUGUGGCGAUGUGACGGAGAGAAGAAGGAGAGCGACAGGAGGUCAGCCAGAAUCAUCAGGGACGAGUACAACGCACUCGGACCCAUGAGUCCCCAGGAGGUGGUGACUAUGGUUCUGUUUGUGGUUCUUGCUCUGCUGUGGCUCACCAGGGAACCCGGCUUCGUACCGGGCUGGGCCUCGCUCGUCCCCGAGAUCUACUCUGGUUACACAUCUGAUGCGACCGUGGCGAUGCUGGUGGGACUCCUCCUCUUCAUCAUCCCCGCCAACGCCCCCACACAAACAUACAAGCCUAUGAUCUCGUGGGAGGAGUUCCAGCGCUGUAUGCCCUGGGAGGUUCUGCUGCUGGUGGGAGGGGGCUUCGCUCUGGCAGAGGGAACGCGGGUCGCUGGUCUCUCCGCCUGGAUGUCCCAGCUCCUCGUCCCUUUGGGAGACCUCCCUGUCCUCGCCACCAUCCUCAUCGCCUGCAUCAUCGUUACCACGGUGACGGAGGUGGCCAGCAACGCUGCCACCAUCAGCAUCUUCCUCCCCAUCCUCUCUUCUCUGGCUGAGGCUCUCCACCUCAACCCUCUCUACAUGCUGAUCCCGACCACUCUCUGUACCUCCUUCUCCUUCCUCCUCCCCGUCUCCAACCCCGCCAACGCUGUGGUCUUCGCCUACGGCCACCUGAGGACCUCGGACAUGGUGAAGGCGGGGCUUGGCCUGAACAUCAUCGGUCUCCUGGCCGUGCUAUUGGCUGUCACCACGUGGGCGGUUCCCCUGUUCGACCUCCACACCUUCCCUAGCUGGGUCACCCUCCCGCCGGUGACCAACGCCACCAGCCCCUGAGGAGACCCAGGAGACCCAGGAGGAGCAGGAGACUGAUGAUUUAUUUUUGCAUUUUAUUAACGAGUGAGAUAGAGAGGAGUGUAUGUGAGAACAUACAGCAAAGGACCACGGGAAGGAUUCGAACCCGGGUCGCUGCGAUCAGGACUGAGCCUACAUUGUACGCACUCUACCAGGUGAACCACCAGGGCGCCCCCAGGACAUUGACAUUGACUGCUGAACUGCUCCCUGAGUUGACUCAUUCUGGACUUUCUGAAACCAAGCAGAUAGUUUGUUUACUGUGUAAAAGCCAGAGUAAUGUGUUCGAUUUCGAUUUUCGAUUUUUUUUAUUGAUUUUUCUAUACGCUUGUUGCCAUUUAUCUCGAAAAAUAAAUGUCAAAUUCUGUUUGUUAAUCUUA